AGUGAAUGUCGGGUCGGUUGUGUUUAUUUUCAGAGUUCAAAAUGGUAAAUUUUAAAGAGCAGCGUUUAAAGCUUAUGCUGGAUUUGGAUUUUCCCAACUCUUUACUAGGCGAUUUUGGCGGUGCUUGUGGGUUGAACUGAACAGAUUUUCUGGUUUGCAGCAGGGAAGAUUUAGAAGUCGCACUAUCCGCAGUAACCGAUCUGCCUUGGGAUUACGAGAGAAUUUUCCAAUCAAUAAAUUUAUGGCAAAAGCGUAAUAGCGGUGGACAAAAAUCAUCAACAAUAGCAACUUAACGAUCCAAACUGCUUGCGGUUGAAUGAAGUCGAAUAUGAUGUAAACAUAUAAUUGCCUUUUUUCGACCUAAUAAGGGGCUGAGGACGUUUUCGUGUGAACUUUGAACCGCAUGAAAAAAUAGUGCCAGCUAAAAUGGGAACCACGUGGCCGGAUACGGACAUACUUGAGUGGACUGAUAAGAGUUUUUGCACAAACUGCAACACGAACUUCUAGAUAUAAAAAGCAUGAUGACACCCCAAAAAUUUACAGUCAUCAGUUCAAAAUGUUGAUUAAACAACUCAAUCUGAGGUUUUGUCUCGUUGCACUUGUUUUGUGUGGCCCUGUGCCCAAAUCAUCGAGCGUCUUCGGAUUCGAGCUUUUUGAGCCCUCGUCGCUGGAUACCAUAAAAUUGUACUUACAGAAUAUAUCUCAAAGCUUGUCAGAACACCAUCAGACGUAUCGGACAGAUAUUGAGGAACUUCGGCGAAAUAUGAAAUCUACGGAAGACUUGGGAAAUGAUAUCAAACAAUUGCUGCAAAACACCGCACUUCCACAAACGUGCUCGGAUAUCCCUAAGAUGCAAACCGGUGUAUACCGGCUGAAGCCACAAGCCGAAUACCAAUCAUUCGAAGCCUUAUGCGAUUUUGAUUAUCCACGUGGUGGAUGGACAGUGAUCCAAAACCGAUUCAACGGUUCCGUGGACUUCUACCGAGGCUGGAAGGACUACGAAGAAGGUUUCGGAGAUCUGCGAGGUGAAUUUUGGCUAGGAUUGGAGAAGAUCCACCAGCUCACCUAUUCCAAGCCGCAUGAGUUGCACGUGCUAUUGAAUGACUUUGAGGGUAAAUUCGUGGUGGCCAAAUACGACUAUUUCCGCGUGGCCGAUAAGGCAGAACAUUACACACUGAAGAGUCUCGGACUGUACAGUGGCAAAGCAGGGGAUGGGCUCUCUGAGCAUCUCCAUAAAAAGUUCAGCACCUUCGAUGUGGACAACGAUUCGUGGGAGCGAAAUUGUGCAAUCGAAAAAACUGGCGCUUGGUGGUACGGAGAUUUUGGGUGUCAUACAAGCAACCUCAAUGGGAGAUAUCUUGGACAGGGUGUGAAGGCCAACGAUACAGGAAUGAGCUGGGACAAAUUUCGUGGCCCUAAUGUUUCGUUGAAAAGCUCAAGAAUGAUGAUUCGCGUGAGAGUUUAAACCACAACUAAUGAAAAAAUCAGGAAAAAUAUUUAAAAAUUCUAAUCCAUUCAUACCAUUUUUUUUUUUAAAUUAGGAAAUCUAUUUAAAC